CAUCCGCCUCUCCGCGUCUGUUCUGUCCUCCUCCGCCUCUGUACGAAUGAUGGCUUAAUUAGCCGGCACUAUCAGCUCUGGCGGCAAAAGAGCCAGCGUCUGCCAAGAGCCCUCGUUAUCUUCCACGACGCUGGUGAGUCACAAACUUCAGCUCUAGUCAAUCAGUGGAUUUGCCUGUUACAAAGAGACACACCAGCUCUCGCUGCCUUUUAUAUCCUGUGGGGUGUGGCUCCAUGACUCAGCACUUCCUAGGCCUGCCCCACCCUUGCUUCUGUUGUUCCCUCCUCUCCUGCCUACAAAACCUAGGAUUCAACCAAGCCUGAUUGCUGUCAGCUGGGUCUGCAGGCGUGGCCGGGGGGGGGGGAAAGAGUCAGGGGAAGGAGGCCUCGUUAUCUCUUUCACUUGGCCUGCUUCUGGCUCCUGGAGCUGAUCCAGGGAGGCCGGUGCUUCCGAGGUAAGUCCUGAUGGCCCUUCCCCCUCACUGUCCAAGUCAUUCUCUGGCAGCAGGCUCGGCUACAAGUCACUUCCAGGCAUGGGACAGGUUCGGGGGCUGGAGUCACAACAGCGUCCAAAUUCCUCUCCUGCCCUUCCAGCCAUUUCCUUCUUCUCUAACCAGUGAUCUCUAUUGCUCGUGGAGAGGCAGAGUGCUUGGAAGCUGUUAAGUCAAACCAGGGAAGACACUACCCCAAAAAUGUUCGUUUUCCAUCUUUCAGGAUUUGUGGCAGCUUUGUCAGUGUUUCUCUCCAGCCAGACGUCUCCAGUAACUGCUCUACCAGCUCAGAACACUACCUCUUCAAGGCUCGAAAACAUGGGCAGCUUUUCCGUGGCGAACACCAUUUUUGCUCUCAACCUCUUCAAGAAGCUUAGUGCAAAUGAUCCUCCCAACAAUUUGUUUUUUUCUCCUUUGAGAAUCUCUUCUGCACUGCUAAUGGUCUUGUUGGGUGCCAGAAAUAACACACAAGCUCAGAUGUUAAAGGUGUUAUCUCUACCAAAAGAUGGAGAGGUUCACCAAAGAUUUGAGAAACUUAUUUCUGAUAUCAACAAACCAGAUGCCAAUUAUAGCCUCAGUCAGGUCAACCAGCUCUUCGGAGAAACAUCGUAUGAUUUUCUUGCAUCUUUUAUAGAAUCCACUCAGAGAUUCUACCAUUCAGGUCUGGAGAAACUUAACUUCAAACAAGGUUCAGAAGAUUCAAGAAGACAUAUAAAUGCCUGGGUAGAAGAAAAAACCUCAGGAAAAAUUCAGGAUCUGCUUGUCCCGGGAAUAAUUGAUUCGCUUACAAAACUGGUUUUGGUGAAUGCUAUCUAUUUCAAGGGAAACUGGGAAAAUAAAUUCAAUAAAAAUCACACAGAAGAACAGCCAUUCUGGAUUAAUAAGAAAGAAAGGAAAACAGUGCAGAUGAUGUUCAGGAAAGGAGUAUACAACACGACCUACAUAUCAGCCUAUCGGAUUUCUGUUCUUGAGAUUCCAUAUGCUGGUAGUGAGUUGAGCAUAUUUUUUCUGCUCCCUAAUGAAAUUGAAGAUAGUUCUACUGGAUUGGAAAAGCUGGAGAGAGAAAUUACAUAUGAGAAAUUAAUGGACUGGAUCAAUCCAAAAAAGAUGUUCUCAAGAGAAACUGAGGUCUCCUUGCCCAAAUUUAAACUGGAAGAAAAAUAUGACCUGAAGCCUGUUCUGAGAAGCAUGGGAAUGACGGAUGCAUUUGAUGAGAGCAAGGCAGAUUUCUCUGGAAUGUCAACUAACAAUGAUUUAGUCAUAUCUGAAGUUGUUCACAAAUCAUUCAUAGAAAUCAACGAAGAAGGCACUGAGGCAGCUGCUGCCACUGCUGUAAUAACGGUAAUUAAGAGUACAAUGAUUGCCAAAUUCAAAGUUGACCAUCCCUUCUUCUUUUAUAUUAUGAAGCGAUCUACAAACAGCAUCCUAUUCUUGGGUAGAUUUAGUUCUCCAUAAUGGGUGCAUCCAGCAUAUGUUGGUACAAUGGCUCUGUCCCUUAAUCCCUCAUCAGAUUUGUUUAAAUCGUGUGGUACUGAACUUUCACUACCACACUUACCAUCUUUUCUGUAAUUAGGGUAGAGAUAAUUCCUUCGUAAUACUCCAUAAUACUGGAUUUUAAUUCUUUCUUUCCAGGAUAGAAUCAUUUUUAAUCAAUUCAAGAAAAUAAGUUUUUAUACAAGUAUUCUGACUGGUAGAAAAAUACUGCAAAAUUGCUUUGUUUAUAGGAAUGUGGGCUGUGAGGAAAUAGUUGCUAAGCAUGAAUCAAGGUAUUACAACACAGAUGUAACUACCAAUAUGUAUUUGCCCAGUAUACAUUUCCAUGUGAUGAUACAAGUAGAGUGAGCUCAGCUUCCAUUGUGACAUCAUGUUUUUUCAUUUGAGUGACAUCAUGGCUAGCUGUAGAUGCCGCUGCUUGACUUAUAAUAGCAAGUGUACACAGUUCUAGAAUGAGCAAACAUUUUUGUGAUCAUCACUUAAAUAAGCAGUUUGAUUCUGUGCAACUCAAAUAUUUACAAAUGCUAUCUACCUUAUAUAAUUCUUAUUUUGCUGCAGUCUUUCAUGUAAUCAAAAC